AUGUCUCAUAGGAACUUUCAUUGUCCCUCAGACGAUCCGCCGCCCUAUGAACUAAUGACGAGCCAUGGGAUGCAAGGCGGAACUGUGGUCGAUGAGGGCGGGCGCGUUGAAGUCGACCUUGAUUCGAAGGUCUGUAAAGCCGUAGCGAAGCUCGUUCGGCUGCCCAACAACGAGAAUCUGAGCCAUCCGCCUCCCAACUACCCCGACUUCGCCCGAGGCGAGAUCAAGCUCAACAUCGUGAUCCAAGUGGUUGGAAGCCGAGGAGACGUGCAACCAUUCAUCGCGUUGGGCAAUGAACUUCAGAAACACGGACAUCGAGUGCGUCUCGCUACGCAUAAUGUCUUCGAUACCUUUGUGAGAGGUUCAGGGCUCGAAUUUUACCCGAUCGGUGGGGACCCUGCCGAGCUUAUGGCAUACAUGGUCAAGAAUCCAGGACUGAUUCCACAGAUGAAGAGACUGCGGUAUGGCGACAUCCAGAAAAAGCGUGCGAUGGUGGCCGAGAUGCUAGACGGGUGCUGGAAGUCUUGUAUAGAGGAUGAUCCGAUGUCGCAGACGCCAUUUGUGGCAGAUGCUAUCAUUGCUAACCCGCCUAGCUUUGCGCAUAUCCAUUGCGCCCAAGCUCUCGCGGUACCAGUGCAUCUAAUGUUUACCAUGCCAUGGAGCAGCACCAAAGCCUUUCCCCAUCCGUUGGCAAACUUGAAAUAUUCAGAUACCAGCCAGCCAAUCGCCAACUACCUAUCGUAUAGCAUUGUGGGGUGGAUGACAUGGCAGGGACUAGGAGAUAUAGUCAACAAAUGGCGAUCAGAAAUCGAUUUGGAGCCAGUUCCUGCCACUGAAGGGCCCUGUUUGGCAGAGACUCUCAAUGUUCCCUUUACAUACUGCUGGUCACCGACUUUGAUGCCGAAGCCUAGCGACUGGCCUUCCCAUAUCGAUGUCUGUGGGUUUUUCUUUCGGGAACCCCCCAACUACACCCCACCCCCUGAGUUAGCGAAUUUCCUACGUGACGGACCGCCGCCAGUGUAUAUCGGCUUCGGUAGCAUUGUCAUUGGCGAUCCCGAGAAAUUUACAGCUACGGUCCUAGAAGCGGUUCAUACCGUUGGAGUCCGCGCCAUUAUCUCCCGUGGUUGGAGUAAGCUGGGCGGAGCCUCGUCGCGCAAUAUCUUCUACAUAGACGACUGUCCUCACGAUUGGCUAUUUCAACAUGUUGCUGGUGUUGUCCACCAUGGUGGAGCCGGCACGACCGCCAGUGGUCUGCAAAACGGUUGUCCAACAGCCAUCGUGCCUUUCUUUGGGGAUCAGCCUUUCUGGGGCAAUAUGGUCGCUGCGUCAGGGGCGGGCCCAAAACCAAUACCUUACCGUGAAGUCAAUGCAGAUAACCUUGCAGAGGCGAUCGGAUUUUGCUUGCAACACUCGGCGUUAGCAGCUGCGCAGGAUAUGGCCUUUAAAAUGCGAUCAGAAUCAGGUGUUCAGGCGGCCGUGGCGUCAUUUCACAGACAACUGCCUCUGGAGAAAAUGAAGUGUCAAAUCUUACCCGAUCAGCCUGUCGUCUGGGAGUUCCAAAAGUCCUUCUCGAAACCGAUCUAUUUGUCAAACAUUGCCGCGCAGAUACUGUCAGAAAAUCAACAGAUAGAUCCUCGGCAUUUACAUCUGUUAGUUUUUUCCCGCCCGAUAACGAAAAUGCAGCAGGACGAGACUGACUCAGAGCCAACCAUCAGCUACAACGUCAACACUAUAGUAAUCGACAAUCAACGAUGGGAUCCUAUCACUGGCACCGCAUCUGCGACUGUUGCAACGGGCGCCGACAUUCUCAAAUAUGGCACUGAUAUCUUUUACCAAUUAAUCAAAGAGGCUAAACGUGGUCGCUCGGAAGUGUCUCGGCCUAAUAUAUCUCGGUACCAGCAUUCUCCAGCGAUAGAUGCAGGUUCGUCUAGUGUAGCAGACGUGGUAGACCCCCCGGGUCAUUCUAGCUACCCAAGGACAAGUGCCCAGACGAUGGGGGCCACCUUAGCAGCUAGUGGGAAGAGCGUUGGCAAGUUCGUGGGCUAUGGCUAUAAGGGGGCGAUUGUUGAUAUCCCGCUGGCAACAACCGAGGGAUUACGAGCCGUACCACGAUUGUAUGGUGAGGAUGUGAAAACCCUUGGCCCUGUACGUGACUGGAAGUCCGGUGUUGCCGUUGCUGGUAAGGGCUUUUUAUAUGGUGUCGCUGGUGGCCUUACGGAUAUCGUCGUUCAGCCAUACAGGGGAGCCCAGGUUGAAGGUGCAAUAGGUGUGGCUAAAGGUGUAGCAAAGGGGACAAUUGGUACUAUGACCAAACUUUCAUCUGGUUCGUUUCUAUACAAAGCUUUGCCUUUCUCUACGAACGAAACACCAGUCUAA